ACCAAUGGAAUCCAAUAACAAAUAAAACCAUAUCAGCUCUUUCCUACAUUCCUACAUCUCAGAGCCACCAUCAUUCUAGCAAUGGAGGGAGUCGCUCUACUUCGCUCAUUAUCCACUUGCUCCUCCGUUACCUGCCGGAGACUCCUCUUCCAACCGAAGAACAGACCCCGCCUCAUCUCCUCCCGCAUCCACAGGUAUAAGCAGCAAGUACAGUUCCUCUAUGGCUCCUCGACCCGCCGGUGGCAGCCGGCAACGACCACGUUCCAACCCAUGCGCCUCAGAAAGAGCUUAUCUUUUGCCCCCAGCGCCGUCUCUACUUCGCCCCACCCAGCAGCCCGAGAUGCAGGUCAUGACAUUGCUGAGAAGCUUGGUUUUGACAAGAUAUCUGAGCAGUUUAUAAGCGAGUGCAAAUCAACUGCCAUUUUUUAUAAGCACAAGAAAACUGGUGCAGAAGUAAUAUCUGUAUCAAAUGACGACGAGAAUAAGGUUUUUGGCAUAGUUUUUCGAACUCCUCCGAAAGAUUCUACUGGCAUCCCUCACAUACUUGAACAUAGUGUACUUUGUGGAUCUAGGAAAUAUCCUUUGAAAGAACCAUUUGUUGAGCUUUUGAAAGGCAGCCUGAAUACUUUUUUAAAUGCAUUCACCUAUCCUGACAGAACUUGUUAUCCAGUUGCUUCAACGAACGCCAAGGAUUUCUACAAUCUGGUUGAUGUGUACUUAGAUGCUGUAUUCUUUCCUAAAUGUGUGGAGGAUUUUCAGACAUUUCAACAAGAGGGUUGGCAUUACGAGCUUAAUGACCCUGCUGAAGAAUUGUCUUUCAAAGGUGUUGUCUUCAAUGAAAUGAAAGGAGUUUAUUCUCAACCUGAUAACAUAUUAGGCCGUGCAUCCCAGCAGGCCCUUUUUCCCGAGAACACUUAUGGUGUAGAUAGUGGUGGCGAUCCAAAAGUCAUUCCGAAACUCACAUUUGAAGAAUUCAAGGAAUUUCACCAAAAGUAUUACCACCCCAGCAAUGCCAGGAUAUGGUUCUAUGGAGAUGAUGAUCCAGCGGAGCGGCUGCGUAUUUUAAGUGCUUACCUCGACCAGUUUGAAGCAAGUCCUGCUCCUAACGAGUCAAGGGUUAAAGCACAAAAGUUAUUCAAAGAACCAGUAAGGGUUGUUGAAAAAUACCCUGCUGGUGAAGGCGGAGAUUUGAAGAAAAAGCACAUGGUUUGUGUUAACUGGUUGCUAUCUGAUGGUCCCUUGGACUUGGAAACUGAGCUUACCCUAGGGUUUUUGGAUCACUUGUUGCUCGGAACACCAGCUUCGCCUUUGAGAAGAAUCCUACUUGAAAGUGGCUUAGGAGACGCCAUUGUUGGCGGGGGAGUGGAAGAUGAGCUGCUUCAACCCCAAUUUAGUAUUGGAUUAAAAGGUGUUGCGCAAGAUGACAUCAAUAAGGUUGAAGAGUUGAUCAUGAACACGCUUAAAAGUCUAGCUAAGGAUGGCUUUACUACUGAAGCUGUGGAGGCAUCAAUGAAUACUAUUGAGUUCUCUCUGAGGGAGAAUAACACGGGUUCCUUCCCACGAGGCUUAUCUUUGAUGCUUCGCUCCAUUGGAAAAUGGAUAUAUGAUAGGGAUCCAUUUGAGCCACUAACUUAUGAGAAACCAUUGCAAUCUUUGAAAGAACGCAUAGCUAAAGAAGGUUCAAAAGCUGUCUUCACUCCAAUAAUAGAAAAGUACAUAUUGAACAACUCUCAUCGUGUUACUGUAGAAAUGCAGCCUGAUCCAGAUAAAGCAUCUCGUGAUGAAGCUGAGGAGAAAGAAAUACUUCAAAAGGUUAAGGCAAAUAUGACAGAAGAGGAUCUUGCUGAGCUAGCACGGGCCACACAAGAACUUCGUCUAAAACAAGAAACUCCGGAUUCACCUGAAGCUUUGAGAUCUGUUCCAAGCCUUUCAUUGCAAGAUAUCCCUAAAAAGCCUACACACGUCCCAACAAUUAUUGGUGAGGUCAAUGGAGUAAAAGUUUUGCAUCAUGACCUUUUUACAAAUGACGUUGUUUAUUCAGAAGUUGUUUUUGAUAUGUCUGCGGUGAAGAGAGAACUGAUCCAACUGAUUCCGUUGUUCUGUCAGUCUUUGCUAGAGAUGGGUACAAAGGACAUGGAUUUUGUCCAGCUUAAUCAAUUAAUCGGAAGGAAAACUGGAGGCAUUUCAAUUUAUCCCUUAACUUCUUCUGUGCGGGGAAAAGUGGAUCCAUGCACUCGUAUAAUUGUACGAGGUAAAGCAAUGUCUGGGAAAGUUGAGGAUCUAUUUAACCUGAUGAAUUGCAUUCUUCAGGAUGUUCAAUUCACUGAUCUGCAACGCUUCAAGCAGUUUGUUUCACAAAGCAAAGCUAGAAUGGAGAGCCGAGUAAGAGGUAGCGGACAUGGGAUUGCAGCUGCCAGGAUGGAUGCAAAACUAAAUGUCGCAGGAUGGAUUUCUGAACAGAUGAGUGGUAUUAGUUACUUGAAUUUCUUAGAAGAUCUUGAAAAGAGGCUUGAUCAGAAUUGGGAUGAAAUAUCUUCAUCACUCGAGGAAAUCCGUAAAUCUGUCUUUUAUAGGGAAGGCUGCCUUGUUAAUAUGACAGCAGAGGAGAAAAACCUUAAUCACUCGACAAAAUUUGUGGCUAAGUUUCUUGAUUUGCUCCCAAGCUCUGCAUCCACUGAACUUCAUCCCUUGCGGAACCAGCUGCCUCCAGUCAAUGAAGCCAUUGUUAUUCCUACUCAGGUUAAUUAUGUUGGGAAAGCUGGUAAUAUUUAUGAAGCAGGAUAUCAGCUCAGUGGAUCUGCAUAUGUCAUUUCCAAAUACAUAGGUAAUACCUGGUUAUGGGAUCGUGUACGCGUUAGUGGUGGUGCUUAUGGAGGCUUUUGUGACUUUGACACUCAUUCAGGAGUAUUCUCCUACUUGUCCUAUCGAGAUCCAAAUUUGUUGAAAACACUGGAGGUCUAUGAUGGAACAGCCAGCUUUCUCAGGGAGCUUGACUUAGAUGAUGAUUCUCUUACAAAAGCAAUUAUUGGUACAAUUGGAGACGUCGAUGCUUACCAGUUGCCUGAUGCCAAAGGUUAUAGCAGUCUAUUGCGACAUUUGUUGGGCAUAACUGAUGAGGAGCGAGAGAUAAGGCGCGAAGAAAUUCUAUCGACGAGAUUGAAGGACUUCAAGGAGUUUGCAGAUGUUAUUGAGGCUGUUAAGGAUAAGGGAGUUGUGGUUGUAGUUGCUUCUCCAGAAGAUGUUAAUGCAGCUAAUGAAGAGAAAUCUGGAUUCUUUGAUGUCAAGAAAGUCCUGUAAGACUCAGAAGAGUUCACGGCUCUAUAAUUAUACUGGUUGUUCGGAGCCAAAGGCUCUAUAUAGUCGACCCAGAGAGCAUUGAUUAUAUGAAGAAACUGGUGCCAUGUUAUUAAAACAAGCAAUCUGGGGCAGAUAAGCAUCUGCUCGUAGCAGGACUUUUGUACUAGAAAGUCGUUUUAAUACUAGAAAGUUUGGAUUCUUUGAUUUCAAGAAAAUUUUGUACUAGAAAAUCGUUUUAAAAAGCAACAAAGAAGCUGCCCCAAACGAAACCUUAACCUAGUUUUUCUAAUUUGACAAUGCAAUGUGUUGGUUUAACCCACUUGAAUGAACUUCCUUUUAUAA